AUGGCUGCUCCCGCGGGAAUAGACAUGAACGAGCUUGACUCCAAUCCGCGCUAUCUGAUCCGGCAGCCGCGCGCUCUGCAAUGGUUCGAGGACGGGCGACUGGUCAAGCGGCACGAGUCCGAGCGACAGGCAGGACGCUUCGAAUUGUUCCUUGACUUGCUUUAUGUGGCCAUUCUGUCGAACUUUGCCGAUACCUUUGUCGAGGAUAUUACCGGCGCCAAUCUUGUCAAGUAUAUUCUCAUCCUCGCCCCAUCGUGGCACGUCUGGAGCGACAUCCGCGAAUUGAUGAACUCCUUCUACAACGACGACCUCAUCCAGCGCAUCCUGAUCCUCUGGCUCAUGGCCCUCCUCGUAGUCUACGGCAACAAUGCGCCGCUUGUUAGCGAGGACAUUGGCGCCAUGCGCUCCGCUGUAGGCUCCUACAUGGUCGCGCGCCUCUCCUGCACAAUCGCCCAUUUCUACUACUCCUUCGCAAGCUACCACCACCGACCGCAGCAGCGGCUCUGGGUCGUUCUGUCCCUGGUGUCUCUCGCUAUCUUCAUCCCGCUGUAUUUCGAGUCUGUCUCCAUCCGCGGGAAGAUCGCCACCGCGGCGGUCGCUGUGGUCUUCGAGGAGCUGUCGUGGAUCUUCUGCUUUUCGCCUGCAGCGAAGAAGAUGCUGCGCGUCAAGUAUUCGACAGCAGUCGAUAUUCCGCAUGAAGUGGAUCGGUAUGCAGCAUUCUAUAUUAUUGCGCUGGGUGAAUUCUUAUACCUGAUUGUUGUGGGGUCGCAUGCGGCGGUAGGCUUGAAUGAGAGGCUGCUGCGGGCUGUUUGGACGCUUAUUAUUGCAUUUUGUCUGAAUUGGCUGUAUGUUCAUGCCGACGGGUCGGUUGUUUCAACUCAUCCAUUGCGGCAUAGUGUUUUUACUGCAUUCUCUUGGUCGUUGAUCCAUCUCCCUUUGAUUGCUAGUCUGCUCGCCGGUGGACAUGUUGCUGCGGUUUCCGUCGAGGAAGAGGGGUUCGAAGAUGCGCAGCGAUGGCUUCUCUGUGAGGGUCUUGGGGUAGGAAUGCUCUGCUUGUGGGUUUUUGCCGUGCUCCAUGGAUCGCAGGAUGAGCCUGGAACGCUCGCGUUAGAUAAGCACCUUCGAAUGAUCAUGCGUCCUAUCACUGCUGUCAUCGUUAUCUUGAUUCCCCUGGCUCGCCACCUCGGGGCUACGUCCGUGCUCUCUAUCAUCAUGGCUCUGUUCGUCCUCUGUGUGGUCUGGGAAAGCAUCACGUCCUUGCGGUGCGGGGCUCAUAUUUGGGAGAGAUGGUCGGAGACAGAUUACCCCGAGCGGCGUCGCGGAGAUGAUACCUUCAAGAAUGGCCCCGGACGCGAACUACCCUCGCAGGAGCCGUCGCAGAAGGAGCCAUCGCCCUGA